GUGUAGCAUCUUCAGCUCUGCUCCAUAUGGCUCAGUAAUUUACUGUACAAGAAAACUGGUUGUUUGCAUACUAAAAUUGAUUUACAUUGUACCUUAUGUCUCUAAUUAAAUGCGUAUUGCAAUUUUUUUAGCAAGAGAUCAGUUUCAUUAAUUUGACACCCGAUUUGACUCGCUUGUGGUGAGUGCAAGUACUUUUAUUAGCGGAUGACAGUGGAAGCUCCUGCGCUGCCUCAGGUGGCUUGUGUUCUCACAGUUUACAUGUUUUAUAAGUGUGUAAUUAUUUAUCCAAAAGCUUACCCGGGCUCAUAUGUGCUGAAAGACAAAUGUGGUCUAAUUGGCCCCUCCCUCGCUGAUACCAACCCUCCGCGCAUCAGGAAGCCACAACGCCCAGCCUCCUCCCCCCCUCCUCUUCCAUGCCCCUUAAUUACAAUGACUAGUUUGAUGGAUUAAGUCGACUGUAUUGCAAAGAGAAGGUUCGAGGUCUGAAACCGCAGAUUCGUGUACCUGCCUGAACCGUUUCUGACAGGGCCCGCAGUGUUUCUCCACUGCAACAAAUGUUGCUUUAAAUGAAUUGAUUGAGGCUUCUUUUACUCGUUGCUCUGGACUCAGGCCAAGAUACAGGCUGUCUAGCACAUUAGGCACCACCCCCCUUUGCAAGUUUGAAAUGUGAGCUGCCUGCAUUUUUUUCCCCUCUCCUCUCCUCUCCUCUCCCCUCCCCUCCCUCUCUCUCUCUCUCCCUCUCUCUCUCCCUUCUGGCGAAGUGGCUGUGGCUGCUUCUGUGUGAUGUGUGUAUUGGGAGAGCAAGCAAUGGAUCACUAGACAGAAAAAGAAGAUACAUCAAUAACAGCUGCAUACAUCCGAGAAACCAGCUGCUGCAGGAGAUGUCAGUCUGACUCAGCCCUCCUGUCCUCGUGGUGUGAGGAGCUUGGACGCCUCCUCCUCCUCCGUCACCAGAAGAACAGGCAGAACGAGCCUCCGGGAAAAGUGCCCAUGCAGCCCCCCAUGAGUUCCAUGAAGCCCAGCCUCUCACAUGGAGAUGGGUCUUUUCCCUAUGACUCAGUUCCCUGGCAGCAAAACACCAACCAGCCUCCUGGUUCAGUGUCUGUGGUGACCACCGUGUGGGGUGUGACCAACACUUCCCAGAGCCAGGUGUUGGGGAAUCCCAUGGCCAACAGCAACAAUCCCAUGAACCCUGGUGGUAACCCUAUGGCCUCGGGUAUGUCUGGUAACACUCCAGGUAUGAACUCUCCUCAGUUCCCCGGUCCACAGCAGCAGUUCCCCAACAAAGGCAACUCAAACCCGGCCUAUAUGCAGCAGGGGAUGUACGGUCGACCCAACUACCCUGGAGGAGGAGGCUUUGGUGGCAAUUACCCUGGAGGGCCGAAUGCUGGACCCGGUGGAAUGGGCAUCCCUCCGCACUCCCGUCCUCCCUCUGACUUCACCCAGCCUGCCGCUGCUGCCGCCGCUGCUGCAGUUGCUGCUGCUGCUGCCACCGCAACUGCCACUGCAACAGCAACUGUAGCUGCCCUGCAGGAAACCCAGAAUAAGGACAUGAACCAAUAUGGACCGAUGAGUUCCUCUUUCCAGAUGGGGCCAAAUCAGGCAUACAACAGUCAGUUCAUGAACCAGCCAGGACCCCGCGGCCCUCCAUCCCUUCCUGGAAACAUGGGCACAGGCAUGAAUGCAGCCAACAUGAGUGGGCCUCCAAUGGGAAUGAACCAACCCAGGGGCCAAGGCAUGGGGCCUUUUGGGGCACACGGUCAAAGAAUGCCUCAGCAAGGCUAUGCAGGUCCUCGGGCUCAGGGCAUGGGUAUGCAGGGCAUAAAAAGACCGUACCCAGGGGAGCCAAACUAUGGUGGGCAGCAGUAUGGACCAAACAACCAGUUCCCUAACCAGCAGGGCCAAUAUCCCACACCAAAUGCCUCCAGGCCGCUGCCAUCCCCCAACUACCCUGGCCCAAGGAUGCCAGGACAGCAGCUGCAAGGCCAAUACCCACCACCAAGUGGUGCCAUGGGCCAGUACUAUAAGCAAGAGCCACCUUUCAAUGGCCAAACAAAUAACUUCUCUGGGAGUGGAUAUCAGUACAACCAGGGAAAUAUGAAUGGGCCUCCAAGGCCAGUGGGGAACUACCCUCACUCGCCUGUGCCAGGAAACCCUACUCCUCCAAUGACACCAGGAAGUAACAUCCCUCCGUACCUGUCGCCAAACCAGGAUGUGAAGCCACCCUUCCCUCCUGACAUUAAACCAAAUAUCACCGCACUCCCUCCCCCACCAGCAAGCCACAACGAGGAACUGCGUCUGACGUUCCCAGUGCGGGAUGGAGUAGUCCUAGAGCCCUUCAGGCUAGAACAUAACCUGGCUGUCAGCAACCACGUCUUCCAUUUACGGCCCUCUGUACACCAGACACUCAUGUGGAGGUCGGACCUGGAGCUGCAGUUUAAGUGCUACCACCACGAAGACCGUCAGAUGAACACGAACUGGCCGGCAUCUGUCCAAGUCAGCGUCAACGCCACGCCGCUCACAAUCGAGCGGGGAGACAACAAGACCUCCCACAAACCCCUGCACUUGAAACAUGUAUGCCAGCCUGGAAGGAACACGAUCCAGAUCACAGUCACUGCCUGCUGCUGUUCGCACUUGUUUGUGCUACAACUGGUCCAUCGGCCCUCAGUUCGCUCUGUCCUCCAAGGCUUACUGAAGAAGAGGCUUCUGCCUGCAGAGCACUGCAUCACCAAAGUAAAGAGGAACUUCAGUAGCGUGGCAGCGUCGUCGGGCAAUACCACAUUAAACGGGGAGGAUGGCGUGGAGCAGACAGCCAUCAAGGUUUCACUCAAAUGUCCAAUCACCUUCCGGCGAAUACAGCUUCCAGCAAGAGGGCAUGACUGCAAACAUGUUCAGUGUUUUGAUUUGGAAUCAUAUUUACAACUGAACUGUGAGCGGGGAACAUGGAGAUGUCCUGUGUGCAAUAAAACUGCGCUGUUAGAAGGACUCGAGGUGGACCAGUACAUGUGGGGAAUCCUGAAUGCCAUUCAAAACUCUGAGUUUGAGGAAGUGACAAUUGACCCGACAUGUAGUUGGCGGCCAGUGGCUAUAAAAUCAGAAAUUCACAUAAAAGAAGAUCCAGAUGGACCACUGGCAAAGAGGUUUAAGACGAUGAGUCCCAGCCAGAUGAUCAUGCCUAAUGUGAUGGAGAUGAUAGCUCAGCUUGGCCCUGGACCCUCACCAUACCCAUCGCUUCCUUCUGGGCAAGGAGGCAACAACAGCGAAUACGGAAGCCAAGGCAACAGUUACCAGAGCCAUGGGAACUUUGAUUUCCCUCACGGGACCCCUGGUGGUACGUCGAUGAAUGACUUCAUGCAUGGUCCCCAGCUGUCUCACCCACCUGACAUGCCCAACAACCUGAUGACACAAGACAAGCCACUGUCCCACAAUAUGCCUGACACAAUACCUCAUUCUGUUGGCAAUGACCAACCGCAUGGUCCACUGCAGCAGAGUUUACACGCGUCUCCACACCCUGGGAGCCAAUCAGGGCAGCAGCUACACCACAGCGGGCCUCCUCAGCCCUCACGACAAGCUCCACCUCCUCAACAACAGCAACAACAGCAGCAACAACAACAACAACAACAGCAGCCCGGCCCCAACAACCACCCUCACAGCGACCUGGCCUUCAACCCCUCCAGCGGUUUGGACAGCCAAGCAGGGUCAGACAUGCCUGAGCCGUCCUUAGACCUUCUUCCAGAGCUCGCUAACCCAGAUGAACUGUUGUCCUACCUGGAUCCCCCAGACCUCCCCAGCAAUAGCAACGAUGACCUUCUAUCGCUCUUUGAAAACAACUGAGGCGAUUCAGAAACAUAUAAUCACUGACUGCUGCAGUUUCCCUGAGAACCCAAGGUGGUCACUCAGUACUUGAUAAACACAAAGAUGCACUCCCUUUCUCUUCUUCCUCUUGUACAACUUUCAUUCGCCAGCACAGAUUGACUGAAAGAGGUUACAACUCAAAGACACGGCAAGGGUUUUCCCUGCCCUCUCACCCAGAGGUGAUAACUUUGAACUGUGCAGCUAUACUCAGUUGAUUUUUUUUUUUUUUUAAAUGUCACACACAUGUGUAUGUGUGCUUAUUAGGAACGCGUUGUAGCAUAUUUUUUUUUAUUCGUGUUUUGUUUCCUUUUCCGAAGAAAAAGGAAUUCACUGUAAAAAAACAGAAAAAUAACUGAAAAAACCUGCGCUAUCUGGCCAGUGCGUUUUAUCUUAUUCCAAUCUGAGAGGCCACAGCUUCCUGGUGUCGCAGCUCCAUUCCCUGACUGGUCUGGUUAGUCGCACUUUUUUGUCCACCACACAUCAUUUAAAAGCACAAGAGAUUCUGACAACGCAAAAACACAAAAAUCAGCCUUUCCAAAAAGAAACAAAAAAUAAGAUCAACGUGUCCGUCUUUAACAAAAUGUUUUUUCUAAAACAAAUUUUUGCUCCUCUGCCAAGAUUUUAAAAAAUAUUUUUGGGACUGAUCGGCAUCCACUUUGUCUACGAUUGUGCUAUUUUUUAAACACAUAGAUGUCCCUCCUUUUCGGUUUCGACAGCAGAAAAUGAAAAAAAAAAUUGCCCCAAUUACACCAAACAACAUUCAUAACAGAGUAGCAUAUCUGUCCAUCUACAUAUUGUAAAGUUAUUGUCCUCCUGUACAAAGAAGGGAUUUCAUUGGAAACGUAAGGUACAACGUGCGAGGUUUGGGUUCCUGUGACGAUCCUGCUUUGUCGCUUCCUGCUACAACUCCUUCCAUCAGCUCUGCAUGAGCCAUCGUCUUUCUCUUGUCAGCAGUUUUGCAGAAUUACAUCUCUCUUCCCGGUUAAAUGAUGUUGUUUAAGUAAUCUACAAAGUGCAUGUGUGCCAAGCCCUUGUCUAGUGCUGUUCCAAGUGGUGAUAACAAAAGAUAGUGUGGUUUUUAUCAGUUGCUGUUUCCACAGAUUUUUUGUUUGUUUGCUUGUUUUAUGAUUUUCUGUCAGGUUUAGUAUGAUUUUAUUUAACACUAACAUUGAAGGGAUGAUGUUGAUAUCAGCAGUACAUUUAUCAUGUAUUUGCUGGAUAUACUGUGUUAUGUUUAUUAUGGUUUUUUUUAUUGUUGCUGCACAAUUAAACUAUACAUAAACCUUUUGGGAAACUGCUCAACAUCACCAAAGUUAGAGGGAUGAGAAUGGAAAUGUUUGUGCUUGCUUGGUCCCGUAAAAGACUGAAAGUGUGUGUGAGAGUGUGUGUGUGUCAGUGUGAUUGGAUGUAAUAUUGGUUUUAAAGAUAAAGGAGAGGACAGUUUAUCCAUCACUGCUGUUCAAGAAGUGGUUUUCAAAGCAGUAUUGGUGCAGAUUUCUUUCUUUUUGCCACAUUUGUUUUCAUUUUCAUGUUAAAAAAAGAGUGCUGUUCUGUAUGCAAAUGUAUUAUUUUUUAAGAAAUGCUAUUGUACUGUAAAUAUCAUUGUGAAUAUUUUUGUAUCAUCUUGAUAAUGUUUGUCCUUCGAUCAUUAGUCGUCCAACUUAACCACAUAUGCUCCCAAACCAGCAUACGGCUGUCUCGUCUCCACGCCGGGGCGUAGCCAGCCCAAGCAUUUCAUAAGCUAUCGCAGGUCAUCGUCGUUUCCCCUGAGUCACUUUCCCACCUGUUCAUGUCCUAAUAUUCGUUGUCCCCUUCCUUGCAUCAGCUCAAAGUGCUUGUGUAGCAUCGUUUCAGUUUUCAGACGUCGCACUCAGUUCGAAGCAAUACUUUCUCUCAUGCUACGAUGUAUUGAUUAAAAAUGAUCAAUGUUGUCUGCUCAUGAAUUUAUGUUGACCUUUGUCAGUGAUGCUGAACAGUAAAUGGGUUUCAAAUUAUGUGGUGUCAGCUGGCUUUCAGUGUAAUUAGUGAGCUAUGUGAAUAUCAUAAUUGUUGCUAAUUGUCAGUGGUAUUUUAAAGAUAUAUCACAACCAUAUUUUAAAGAAAUUCAUGAUAUUGUUUAUAUUUUUGUUAUAGAAAAAAUGUGGCUUUUUUUAAAAAGCAUGAGACCAUAUACAUUUUUAUCCCCCUUUGUUCUUGGUAAAUUAUUUUGUACUGGUUUUCUUAUUAAUCUGUAAGGCUAGAAAUCCAAUUUCUUUCAAUUGUAGCAUUGUGCUGAAUCGACCAUCCUGAUUUCAUGUACGCAUUAUUUUUAAAUGUUAUAAACGGAAUUUGUUUUUUCCUAUUCAGAGCCCUAACUUGUUUCAUAUUUUAGUCACAAGGAAACAUCAAAUCAAAAGUCUGUGCUUUCAACAGUUCACUGGUGUGUUUUCAUUCUUCGCGAUCUGAAUUGAAACUUUUAAACAAUCCCACGGAAGUCUUUAUCAUUUCAGUGUUUUUCUUCUUCUUUUCAAAUUGGUGAAAAAGGCAGCACCCCUAAUUUGUAGUUGCACAAUCACAAUAAAGGGCCAUUUCUCUGGGGGGAUGUUGUUUUAAAAGAAAAAACUGUUGAAAAAAGUAAACGAGUUAAUAAAAAAUUUAAAAAUUUAAAAAAAAAACAGAAAGGAAGGGCACGUUCACAAGUUUGACCUGGAAAGGAUUUUAAGAACAGGUCAAACAUCCCAAGGAUGCCUGUAUAUAUGUAAAUUAAUAUAGAGACAUGUGAACAGAAAUGUAUUCAUUUUCCCUGGGAAUGUGCAUUGUUUCUUCAGAAUAAUAAAAAGCUUGCAACCCCUCUACUGGAAGUGGCUGAAUAUGGAAAAUGAAACUUGUUAGUUAGUGUCUGUGGGUAUCGCGCAGCAUUAUGUUCCCACUCUGUAUUAUACUUUCACCUCUUUUGUUACGGGAACUGGGACAGCAAUGUUUUACAUGUAAUAUUUAGCCUAAGUGUUCUAGUCUGUCACCUGCAUACUCUGAGGUGCUAAAGCUAAAAACUUAAAAAAACAAAUACAUUUAAAAAAUAAAAAAAAUACAUAAAGCAAAACAAACAAUAAAAAAAAAACGGUUACAAAGAAAACAGCUCGGAGGUGAGGGAGAAGCACGGUGGGAGGGACGGGUCCAGAAGAUUGUAACCAAAUCCAUAGUUUGUACAAUUUUUGAUAUCAUGAACAGUUGGAAAAAUUAUACAAUCUAAGGUGAUUCAUGCAAUGUGGCCAUUGUCUCUCUGUUUGUACAUUGUAUGUACAAUCAUUUCAUAUUCUAAACUGGUGAGAAAAUAAAGGAACUAAUUGUGAUUUUUAGUCUUGCAGAACUGUAUGUAGUUAGAUGAUGUGACAACCUAAUAUUUAUCUAAUAAAUAUGUAUUCAGAUGAUA